CACUGGUUUCCAUGCGCUUCACUAAAUCUUCCUGAAUUAGUACCGAAUCCUUGACGCAACACGUCGAUCGCAACUUCGAUGAACUCGAACAUCAUUGAUGAAAUCAUCGUGUCCGGUGGAAGCUUCUCGGCCUAGCUUAGCUUAGCUUAGUUUAUUUUAGCUUAGCUGAGCUUGCUAGCCACGAACAAUUGAGAGAGGCGUUUGUGUUGGAGCACAUCGCCAUGCAAAGAGAUCAAGUGGGAACAUAAAGUGCUGCGAUCGUCGCGUGAAAAUGAGCGCAAGAAGGACAGCGGAGUACGAGGAGGAACUUUGGGGGCCAAAAGUCGAGAACGAGCCACAAGUUCAACUUCUUAACGCUGUUUGCGAGAAGCCUCGAGUUGAUUUACGCACAGCAGACAUCAUUGAAGAGCUUUGUCCUGAGCAGCUGAAGCCAGAGUCUCCUCACAUCAAAGAGGAAGACAAAGAGGUUCAUCUGAUUAAAGAGGAGGAGGAGUUAGAGCAACUUCACAUCAAAGAGGAGGAGCAGUGCAUUAAAGAGGAAGAGCAGGAGGAAAUCAUUAAGGUUCCAUCGACUGGUGUCCCUUUAAAUCGUGAAGGUAAGGAUGGUCAAAAUGGGGAUAUCAGAGGGGCGGAGCCUCCAAGCGGCAGCUCAAGUCAAUGCAUAACAGGUGAAGGAGGAGGGCUCUUAGCUCCACUAUCAAAUAGUGACAUGACGUCUCACACUGAUGAUGAGGAACAGUCUGAAGGUCAGACUGACAACAAAUGCUGGAAAUGUUGUCAUUGUGGGAAAAUCUUUACUUAUAAGUCAACUUUGAAACAACACGUGAGAAAACACACUGGAGAGAAACCAUUUGCCUGCUCAGUUUGUGGUCAAAGAUUCUCUUGGAAGAGUGCCUUAAAAACUCACACAAGAACACACACAGGUGAGAAAACUUUUGUCUGCUCAGUUUGUGGUCAAAGAUUUGCUCGGAUGGGAGACUUAAAUAUACACAUAAGAACACACACUGGAGAGAAACCUUUUGCCUGCUUAGUUUGUGGUCGAACAUUCGCUCAUCGCAGUCAUUUGUCAACACACACAAGAACCCACACUGGAGAGAAACCUUUUGCCUGCUCAGUUUGUAGUCAACGAUUCUCUCGGAAGGGAACCUUAAAUUAUCACACAAGAACACACACAGGUGAGAAACCCUUUUCCUGCUCAGUUUGUGGUCAAAAAUUUGCCCAUAGACCAACUUUGAUAACACACAAGAGAAAACACACGGGGGAGAAACCAUUUGUCUGCCCAGUUUGCGAUCAAAGAUUCUUUGAGAACAGAACCUUAAAAAAUCACACAAGAACACACACUGGGGAGAAACCUUUUUCGUGCUCACUAUGUGGUCAAAGAUUCUCUCACAAAGGAAACUUAAAAAGUCACACAAGAAAACACACUGGUGAGAAACCUUUUUCGUGCUCACUAUGUGGUCAAAGAUUCUCUCAUGUGGGAAACUUAAAAAGUCACACAGGAAAACACACUUGUUAGAAACCUUUUUCCUGCUCACGUUCUCAUGGGAUGAUAAGGUUAAGAUAGUGAAGUGUGUUGGUGAGAAAAAGUAAUGAUCAAUGAAAGCUUCACCUUUGAUCUGAGCAGGCUUCAUGAGUUCUUGCACCAAGGCUAGAUAGGACAGUUCUAGCUCGAGCAUGUGCAGUGUCUGCUAAGACACCCAAAAUAGUCCAGUUGCGAUUAAUUCAAUGUCCUGAGAAUGAAAGGACCUGAUCAGGUCUUGACAACAUAUUUCAGCAAUGGCAGGAAACGUCGUUACUCCCACCAGCCACUUUAGUGGGUUUAGUGUUACACACAGUAUAUAUGUUUAAUUGUAGUUUCUAUCAAAUGGACCAUUUAACGAGUGGCCCAUUUGAAAUUUUAGCUGGCCCGCCAGACUUUCACAUUUUAAUUUGAUGUAAUUCGUGUGCUCACGGUCAUCAUAUUUUGUCUAUUUAGUCCACCAUAGAGUGAUUCUCUGUUUAGGAUACCCACUUGUGAGAGCACACGUGUUUAUGUUGACAGUGCUGGCCCGGGAGCGAAAAGGGAAGGCAGAGAUCUUCGCGAGUGACUUAGACAAGCUUGAGAAAUUCGAAUGACGCGCUUUCAGGCCUCUCGGCAAAAAAACGUCUGGAACUCAAGAAUGCGUGGAUGAUUUUAAUUCAAAUUUCACGUUCGCUGACGCACCAUAGACACAAUAUUACAUCUUACAUGCUGGAAAAACUUGGUUUGGUAAACUACGUGACUUUUUUUUUUAAAAAUGGCGAUACGAAAACGCAUAUGUUUGUCCAAGUGGACUUGCCGUAAAUAGCUGCUGAUGCAUGUGCACAAAGGAUCUAUACUGACAGGCACUAAAAUCCAAACAUCAGGAAACACACCGAACAAGGACAGACGACAUCGGCACAAACUUUAAACAUGAUGGGCUUCAAAAUGUCUCUCUCAAAGCCAAAAGAUAUGCAAAGUGGAUGUUGAAAAUUCACAAUUCCAGACAGAAUGGAAUGAGAAGUCUUUCUGUCUGCCGGCUGCAACUAGUAUUAAAGCGGUGUGCUUACGGUGCAACGAGAGCAUUGCUGUGAUGGACUAUACAGUAGUCCAUAGCGGCACCACAAAACAAUGCACUCCACCUUCUCUCCAACUUUUCCAGCUACACCCUGAACUGGUCGCUAACCAAUUGCAGGGCGCAUAUAAACAAACAACCAUUCGCACUAACAUUCACAACUACGGGCUUUUGAGAGUCUUCCAUUAACCUACCAUGCAUGUUUUAGGGACGUGGGAAGAAACCGGAAUACCUGUAGAAAACCCACGCAGGUACAGGGAGAACAUGUUAACGCCACACAAGCAAGGCCAGAUUUGAACCCGGGUCCUCAGAACUCUGAGGCAGAUGUGCUUACCAGUCGGCGCUUUAAUCAUCCAUCCAUCCAUUUUCUGUACUGCUUAUUGAACAUAAUUAUCCUGCACAAAAUUGUUUUCUUGUGAAAAUGCUGAGUAGCCAGUAACUCUUGGAAACCACUAGCCCCAGUAGCCGGUGAGCAAAAAAGUUCAUGUCAAGCCCCUGGACCUGAUGAAAGAGAAUAUUCACAUGCGCAUGAUGUUUAAUCUUGAAACUAUGACUAUGGCUCUGAUUUUAAAUCUACAUUCUACGUACCUCCUUAAAGGCUUCCUAUGAACAAGUGUUGAAAGUUAACACUCUCAUGCUUAAUCACUCGUAGUAAUCUGUUUUGUCCAAUGUUUUUGUGAUGAUCUUAUCAAACAAGUAAAUGAUAGAUUGUAAGAAACUUUGACUCUUUGAAGUUAGAUGGAAAACUGCAUAGGUGAUCCUGAAUAAAAUGGAUGUAAAUUUUGUAAUGUAUUAUGUGACUAUAUCACACUGUACAGUUUCUCAUCUAUGUGGUUGUAUUUGCUUUAAUUUUGCUUUGUUUUACUGUUGUGUCUGCUCCCAGGCCAGCCUUGCAAAUGAGAAUCUGUUCUCAAUUGCCUUGCCUGGAUAAAUAAAGGUUCAAUUCAAACAAAAAAAAAAAUGAAAUACUUGGAUACCUUUCAAGCGGUGAUAGUGAUUUAAGGAGCUUCAAAGAUUAUGACGAAGCAGAUGACCAUAUUAGGAGUCAGGAAUGAUCUGACCGCAUGUAGGUGUUAGAAGAAGGCAUGGUGUCCAGUUUUCCGAACCACCAAUAUUGAAUGGGAAUCUCCCACAUGCCGCAGCUUUUGGUAGAUACUGUAUAUUGCUUGUUUGCCAAUAAAGUUCUCUUUGUUCAAUAA